AUGACUUCAGACUCAGAGAGUUACACAACAGAAUACUUGAACGAGUAUUGCGGCGGGGAGCUUAUUGCCACUGCGGUGGUGUUCAUGGUCCUGGAGAUAGCAUUUUCGACCAUUCGAUGGUAUGCGAAACGGAGGCAGGAGGUGCCCGUAGGUCUGGAUGACUGGUUUAUCUGGCCUGCACUCGUUGUCAACCUUAUUCUUUGCAUCGAAGGCUUGAUUCUUAUUCCUCUCGCCGGCGUGGGACGACAUCUUGUCGUAAUCGAAGCACGCAGUCCAGAGAAGUUGGUUGUCUGGGCCAAGGGCGUCUACGCGUGUGUUUGGAUAUGGGCGCUAGCAGUGGCUCUCCCCAAGAUGUCAAUUCUGGGGUUUUACCUCCGUUUUUUCAAGUCACCUUAUGAACGCGCCACAUGCUACUUUUUGAUGUUCGUCACCGCCGCCAGUUUCAUCGGCAUCGGACUUACCGCAACGUUUGCGUGUACGCCUGUGAGCUAUCAAUGGGAACGAACAAAGCCAGGCGCAACAGGGAAAUGCAUCGACAUCACUGUAUUCUAUGAUUGGAUGUCAUUCCCGAAUAUUGUCACAGACGCCAUUCUCUUAUUUCUACCACUGCCGAUGAUAUUACGGCUACAUCUUCCUCGACACCAAAAGGCCGGACUGGUUCUUAUCUUCGCGACGGGUGGAGCAGGAAUUAUCACAUCAUGCCUCCGCUUCGCUACUUUUUACAACAACAAUGCACUUGAAGAUAACACCUGGACUUCAGUUCAACUCCUCAAAUGGACGGACAUUGAGCCAGGAAUCUACUUUCUCGCUGCGUGCAUGCCUUCAUUCGGUCCUCUUUUACAGCGUGCUUGGGGUCGCUUUAUCGCACCUCAAGUUAAAAGUCUAAGGAAGUCGUCAGGAAAGACAAGUGGGUCUGAUCGCGGUAGCAAUGGACUCGCAUUGUAUACCAUUGGAGGUGGACGCAGGGACCAUAAGCCUGGAAACUAUAGUGAUAGUCAUUCCAGAGCUUUUCUGAGACUGAGCGAGGACGAGGAUGAGAGAGUGACUGUACCACAGGGUGCCUAA